AUGUGGAUUCUCCACGGCAACGUAACUGAACGCGGAGACAUCGGCGGGGGUCCUGGGAAGAGUUCUCUUUUCUUCUUGACGGCCUAUCACCCUGAAAUCGAGCCCUGCACCUUUGCAGGGUCCGGUGCGCCCCCGACGAUCCUUGAAAAUCCGCGGGAAGGAAUAGUUUUCACGCCAGGUCGUACUCAUAACCGCAGCAGGUCUCCAAGGAUUGGCUCUAAGGCCGGGCAACCGGCCGGCGCCCCCCAGCACCGGGUGGGGGACGCCCUUGGCAGGCUUCGGCCGUCCGGCGGGCGCUUAACGACCAACUUAGAACUGGUACGGACAAGGGGAAUCUGA